AGAAGCAUCGCCAAGUGUCUCCUUUGUGAUUCAUUCCCUCGCCUUCCCAGAUUACAUUGCCUUGGUUGUCUGUCUCCAUUGAUUAUGCCUCCUAUUCACAGCUCAACAAUCCUUAUCUUCGGCGGCAGCUCUGGAAUUGGCUAUGCCGUGGCAGAGAAGUGCCUUACAGAAGGCGGCGUAGUUCACAUUGCGUCCUCCAAUGAGUCCAAAGUCAACGCGAGUGUCCAAGCCUUGAAGAAAAAGCACAACGGCGCUCCGAUAUCCGGCCAUGUAUGCGACCUAUCCGGCAGCGAAGUCGAAAAAGACCUUGAGCGACUUCUGAGUGCGGUGGCCCCUAUCGAUCAUAUUGUUUUCACUGCUGGAGAGAGUCUCGCUGUCAAACCAUUGGACAGCAUCAAUUUGGGUCUGAUACAGAGGGCUGGGCAUAUCCGUUUCGCUGUGCCGCUGUUGAUUGCGAAACUCGCACCACGAUUCAUGAAGCCCGGUUAUACGUCCUCUAUCACACUCACCACCGGCGCUGGCUCCCAGAAGCCCUUUCCCGGCUGGGCAUUGGUUGCUGAAUAUUUGACUGGGCUGCAUGGAAUUACCCGCACCCUGGCAUUGGAUCUAAAGCCGCUCAGGGUCAACCUCGUCAGCCCUGGGGUGGUGGCAACGCCGCUGUGGGGGAGUGACGUGCCACCGGAGGAAGUGAAGAAUCAGACUGCGCUGCGCAAGGUCGGCAGCCCAGAGGAGGUCGCGGAGGCUUAUGUCUACCUGAUGAAGGAUACCAAUGCUACCGGAAGCUGUGUCAGUACUAAUGGCGGUUCUUUGUUACUGUAG